AUGCCCCGUCUCAAAGCUGCGCAUGCCUCUGAUGCCGCUUACACCCCGCCUUCGCCUCCAGUCGCGAUCUUCAUCGGGAGCACAUCUGGCAUCGGACAUGCCAUGGCGGAGGCCCUCACCCACUAUACCAGUGGCAAUGUGCAAAUCAUUAUCAUCGGGCAGAACUACGCUGCAGCGCAGGCCAUUAUCGCAUCCUUUCCGCCGCCCCCGACAGGUAUACAACACGAGUUCAUGCCCUGCAAUGCAAACCUCAUGAAGAACGUUGAAUCGACAACUCAGAGCCUUCUUGCACACCUGCCCAAGAUGAACUAUCUUGUCCUCUCCGUGACAAAUCUGCACUUCUUUGGGAGGAGUGAGAUGAGCGAGGGCAUAGAUGACCUCGCCGUGCUGAUGUACUAUGCUCGAUGGAAGUUGAUCCAUGACUGGAUGCCACUGCUGAGGAAGGCGAAAGAUGCCAGCGAGGAUGAGAAGGUUAUGUCGGUCGGAGAGCCAGGGUUGGGAAAUGGUAUCGACCUGGAUGACCUCAGGCCAAAGAAAAAUCAAGGCAUUCUGAACAUGCGAGCCCAGCUCUCAAUGUACAAUGAUCUCAUAAUCGAGGCCUUCACAGAGUGUGAUCCCACUAUGUUAUUCAUUCACAUCUGGCCAGGAAUUUUCCUCUUCUACUUCUUUUCUGUAUCCGCUGAAGAAUGUGCGGAGUAUAUGCUGUACACACUCUUCAUUAUCGGCCCUGGUGCCCAUCGCAUGGACAAUCACAGCAAUGACAUGGGGAAGGAGCGGCACAUGAGCUGA